AUGUCUUCUUCGACUUCAAGUCCAAACACUCGCCGCUAUGUGGUCUGCCUGCUUUACAAUGAUAAGGCAGAAGCUUGGCCCUUUCGCAAGCAGGAGGAGGCAGACGUUGCUGACUUGUGGCAAGACAUUCGUGCCCAUCCGAGCUACGAAGAUGCCCUGAAGCACUCGACGCUAACGCUAUACAAGGUCGGCGUGCAGCCUGACAAUCUAGAUAUUGAGCCAUCAGAGAAACUUCGUGAACGUGCCUGGGAUUGGCUUCGCAAAGAUCCACCGCGUAAUCCAAUGCAGCCUGCACGUCGUCUGAGCAAGUAUUUCCCUGAGGGACCCACGCCAGAGGAUAAGGACAUGAUAGAUAUCAUUGCUCUGGCUGAAUCAACAGGCAUUCCGGCCAAACGCUCGCGUCCUAGUGAAGAAGAAUCCCCUCAGGCAUUACAACGACAACGACAACGACAACUCCAGGAGAGGCCAGUACUUUUUCCCACAGAAACAGGGGCAUACUUUCAUACAGACCCUGGUGCCUUCGGUUGGCAGCUUGAGCAUGUGGAUGACUGGUGGAAUUUCUAUGUGUUCUGGACCAACCAAUCAUCCGACAUCGAGGUCCAGCAGUCCGUUGUUGCCCUUGCCACAAACAAGCAGGGUCUCGAUGACCCCAACCACAGAUUGUCCGAACUCACAGAAACUUGUGGCUGCCUAUAUGUUUUACCUUUCUAUCGAAGGCUGGCAGAGAGAAUCUUCAUAUUCAGGAGGGAGGAUCAAGAGAAAGGCAUUGUUCUCACUGGCCAGCCAGGAACAGGUGUGUACUGUUACCUCCUAUAUGGAUUGGUGCUCAUAAAGACUAGGGAAGACAACCUGGCUGUGGUACAUGCUCAUACGUUGCCUCAUAAAGCAUGA